CUGUUCGAUAGAACACAAUCGGCAAAUUUCACCAGCCUCUCGGCAAGAUACAGCUAGGUCACAAUGAAAACAUAGGCGGAUUUGUUUCCAGUAUAGAUACCAUGCCAAGUUCAAGAGCAUGAAUUUGAUUCAACGGACGUAUUUCCCUUCCCAGCAACAAGUUGAAAACGAAUGAAGAAUAACCUUCAAGAAGCGAGUAAUGAGAAAAUUAGCGGCAUAUUUCGUAGGAUCGGCGCUGCUGGCUUCUCUCGGCUACCUCUUCUUGGGAAUUUGGUUGUUCACACCACGAGAUCGAGAGAGGGCGGGUGCAUUUGAGGAUGCGUUUGUGGAUGCAAGGGACCCAUAUCGCCUGUACAUGAACACCAGUGCAACGCUACCGCCGGUAGGUGGCGCUAUUCGACACUACAAAUCACUGCUUGACAAUGAGCCAGUCACUCUGAGGUGUUCCUCCUGCGCCGUCGUGUCCAGCUCGGGGUUUCUUCUCGGCAAAGAAGCGGGGCAGGAAAUCAACAGCCACCCCUGCACCAUCAGGAUGAACAUGGCGCCCGUGGAGGGCUACCAGCGCGACGUGGGUAACCGGACGACUCUCCGUGUCAUGAACUUCUUCAUGACUGGGCUGAAACCCGAGGAACUGCCGUCGGGCAGUAGGGUCAUGGUGUGGGGCUUGUUCAGGCGGAGUGUCUACCUCGAGAGGGCGCGGAAUUUGACCGGGCGACUGAGCGCGGUGUCAACCUUCCAUGGCCAGACGGUGGAAGGGGAGGGGGAGGCUGCGAAACUUUUCACCAAGGAAACGGGCCAGCCGUUAGGAGGAACCAAAUCGUGGUUAUCCACUGGAUGGUUGACUCUUAUGAUUGCCAUCGAUGUUUGCCAGGAAAUCCAUGUUUACGGCAUGGUGACUGCCGAUCAUUGCGCACACAACCCCCAAAAGGACUUCCCAUAUCACUACUACAACAACAGAGGCAAAGAGUGCUCGAUCUACCGAGGGGCUGAGCUCAACAAGCGUGGCGGACACCGCUUCAUGACGGAAAAAGCAGUCUUUGCUCGCUGGGCCCUGCGGUAUAACAUCUCGUUCCACUACCCAGAGUGGGAACUGGACAAAGCAUUGGCAAACCUCGAUACGCCCUUUCUCAAAAACCAAGGUCGAAGGCCCAGUUAGCCACUUCCGCGGAUCCGCCAUAUUGCUGGGACGAAAGCGAGGUCACUGUUGUGUUAGAAACAGAAGAAAAAAAACCUUUGGCUGGGGCGUGUUUUCGAGACCGCGACCAGAAACAUGUUUGUGACGUCAAAUUUAUAACCAGAAACAUGUUUACACAUGCGCACAAAAACGCUGAACCGAAAA